AUGCAACGAUUAAGAGCGUUUUCAUCGCGGAGCGGGCGGCAUUCGAACCCAGACAGUGCCAAGGACUAUGAUGCCGUUACACCAUCUCCGAAAUCACCCACUCCCCUGACUAAAGAAGCACAAGGAGAACUCAGUCCCGAACUGGCACCAAUAGUGACUCUUCUAUCAGCACAGAUGAACAGGAAGUACUUCGAAGGGUUCUUCAUGCUUCUCAGGGACCUCACAGCCGAGGGGAAGCCGGCAGAACGCAGGUGGCAGGAGGUUUAUGGAAUUUUGAUCGGUAAUGAGCUCUCAUACUGGAAUGCAGACGAGCUUAAGAGCGGAGAUGUUGACGCGGAAAACAAACCAUCGUACAUAAAUUUCACGGAUGCAACUCUCAAGGCUGAGGCGACAUUGCCUUCCGGGCAGGGCGAGUUGAACAACGUCAUUAUAGCAUCUACAACGUUGAAAAACAGGUAUCUUUUGCAGUACUCGUCGUCCGAGCAAUUUUACCGGUGGCGGUCGGCAUUCCGGUUGGCCGAGUUCGAGUACAGAGCUUUGCAAGAAGCCUAUACUGCAGCACUCUUGUCUGCACGGGGGUCUCUGCUGUCGGACAUACGUGUUAUCUUGGCCGAAACGAAGUUUGACCGCGAGGACUGGGUCAGUGUACGUUUUGGGGCAGGGAUGCCGUGGAAAAGAUGCUUCUGCGUGAUCAAACAGUCAAAGAAGAAGAAGCACAAGAAGAAGAACAGCGGGAUGUUUGGAGACGGCUCGUUGGGCGAAGUGAUGUUCUUUGAGACGGAAAAACGGUCCAAGAAGGCCUUGCCUAUAGCCACGAUCAAGGAGGCAGAUAGUAUUUAUGCGGUUUAUCCACGCAACUACAUGGUGAUAGACCACAGUACGAUGGUGAAGCUUGACGGCCAGAUCGUGUUUGAUGAAAAAGAGGGCCCCAGACAGUGCUCUAUCUUCCUGAUGCCUGAGCAACACUCGGCUGUGCCUGGCUAUGACACCAUGAUCAGGUUCAUGAUUCCGUUGUUGGACGCAUUCCGGCUUUAUGGGCGGCCAAAGAGGCUGAAUGCCGACAAAACCGACCCGGACUCGCUUCUUUUCGCACUUCCCGUUCUUCCAAACGUCCACUACUUGGAAGUUCAGGACUUGAUGCAGCUUUGCUCGAGUUCUACAUCUCUCUCGUGGACUCCUCCCCAGUGGGAUGAGGCGGUGAAGCGGAUUCUUCGCGUUAAGAUGGGCCAGGGAUACACUGGAUGCGGAUCUGUCGAUGGCGUUGAUGGUGCCAUUCGAUUUCUGGAUGCUUCCAAGGACAUGGCGAGGGGGAAAAUCAGAACCAUCUCAUCAUCUGUGGCAGCAUCGAGACCGAAAGUGCUUGGCUCGAAGUUCUCUGUUGCCAGUUCCUCCCAGUCUUCUCUGGCGACAGAUUCCAUACUUUCCGAGAAGAUUGCUAACGAUGAUGGUCAGAAGAGUGGCAGUAUGAGUACUCAGAUGAAUGGUCAGAUGAAUCUGACCAAUCAGGUCGGCAGAAAUCAGAUGAGCAAUCAGAGCUAUCCGAACAAUCCGAACAAUCAGAGCUAUCCGAACAAUCAGAGCUAUCCGAACAAUCAGAGCUAUCACAGCAAUCAGAAGAAUUCGAAUAAUCCGAAUAAUCAGAGCUAUAACAGCAAUCCGAACAAUCCGAUCAAUCCAAACAAUCCGAACAAUCAAAACAAUCAGACCAGAUACCAGACUAAAGAUUUGCGGCCUCCGGAAACAACCGUUACCAAUAAAAGUCCGCAUCAACUUCCCAGCCUUCCAGACUUUGAGCUUUAUCCAGGUGGAGAUGAAGAUGACCAUGAGGUUAUUUCUGCUCAAGGAAAGCCUAUAGGCAUGGAAGAAGAGGAAGAUCAUGGAUAUGGUAGAGAUGAGAGGAGACCGAAGAAAGAAGAGAAAGGUUAUGGAUAUGGUAGAGAUGAAAGGAAGCCAAGACCAGAAGAUAAAGAUUAUGGAUACAUUCGAGAUGAGAGGAAACCAAGAAAAGAACAGAAAGACUACGGCUACUUCAAUGAUGAAAGAGAGCCGGAAAGAGAGGCAACACCCUACCACCACCACCAUCACCACCAUCAUCACCAGCAUCGGGAAAAACACGAUUCACCAGAGCAUGAACGGUUGCAGAUGGACGCAUCGCCUGGCUCAGACAAAAAGAGAGACUCUGGCGGCAAGAUCGUGAGCAUAUACAAGCGAUACGCACAGUUCCCACCCCUCCGGGAAAAAAGCAUGAAUGAUAUACAGUCAGCACUGGCAGAUGGCCCAGAGGAGGAGGAUGAGCUUUAUCCGGGCAUGGGAGGCUCAUCGGACGCCCCUGCACCACCAGUGCACGGUUCAGGAUUCCACGAUGAGGCCAAAAGUGGCAGAUUGUCUCCACAGAAGUCAGACUUGAGUUUUAGCGAGUCGAGUGGUCUUUCGUCUCCAGAGAAAGACGAGCCAGACUUCCAACUGCCAAUAUUGAAGAAGCCGGUCAACACGGGCCGGGUGUUAUCUCCGUUCAGCGAGUUUCACGAGACUUUCCACAAUUCGAUGGGUCGGAAUUUGAACUAUGCGGACGGAGGGGGUGUGGAGGAUAGUGUAUCGGGCCGGCGGCACGCGCACGAACCGGCGGUAAUUCCGGCGGAAAUGCCGGCGGGAGGGCUGACUCCCAGCGAGAGCAAGCGAGACCGCCGGAUAGCGGAUCAGAGGAGGAGAGAGAGAGAGAAAGAGGUUCGGAUCGAGAUGCAGAAGAGGAAGAAAAAAGAUCAGUCGGGUGAAAAGAAGUUGUUGGAAAGAAGAGUUGACAAAAACCAGGCAGCCACACCUCAGUUGCAGAUUCAUGAUCGGGACACGGAGUUAUCACAGCGGAGAUCUCAACGGCUUUCCUCUUUGAGAAGGCCACCACCCGGAUCGCAGAACGCGGCUGUAAAUGCGAGUAAUUCGCCGCAUUCGGAUGCAGAUCCCGAUCGAAUUAAUGCCCAAAACGAGAAGGCUCUGGCACAGAUGACCUUGGGAGGAACUCGGACUCCCAGAAGCCCCGAUAUUUCACGAAACAUGAAUCGGUUCAUUUCGGCUGAGCAACCCGGGGGUGGCAAUUCUUCACCAGAUAAACACAGCUCAUCCCGGUAUCCAUCCACGAUUCCCCAGCAGGCGGCAUCUCAGUACCAGCAGGGCCAAUACGAUUCGAUUCACAAUCCACAAACCACCCGCUCUGGUGUUUCGAGAAAUCCUGCCACGUCUGAAAGUUCUCGCCAGCCUAAUUCUGCCAAGCAGAGGUAUAAUGCGUAUGAAAGGGGCCAAGAGAUGCAGCAGCCUCACUCUCAGAAUUAUCAACAACCUCACUCUCAGAAGUAUCAACAACCUCUUCCCCAAAAUUAUCAAUCUCAGAAUCCUCAACAACCUCAUUCUCAGAAUUAUCAAUCUCCGCAUGCUCAACAACCUCAUCUCCAAAACUUUCAGCUGUACCAACAGUACCCCCAGCAAUACCAGCAAUACCAGCAUUACCAGCAUCAGCAGAUGCCUGCCCAGCCUGAGUAUUCACAGGCAAGAUACCAGCAGCAGACCUAUCAGCAAUCUGCCCAGCACCAUUAUCCGGCAAGGCAACCAGUGCGGGGCCAGCCAUACAGCUCUCCGGAUUACAAAUCGCAGUCUGGGUCGCCCCAGCAAACUCACAGAGACAACCAAACAAACCCGUACAUACGCGAGAACUAG